CACUUCGAAAGUGGAGUUUGCUUUGCGAUUGCCUUGUGACUCCUCGAUGAUUCUUCCACAUCGCCUUCUGCCAAAAACUGAUGUCGGCGGCGACAUUCCGAGUGACGCAAAAUUGUUCGAAUGCUUUUCUGACAAGCUUUAUUCGUCCUUCUCCUGGCGCAAUUGGCGUUUCCUGCAUCCAGUCAUAAAAUGUACCUGCUCUAAGUUUGAAAACCCUCCCAAUAUUGAAACGCAAUAGAAUACAAUAUAUUACUAAACUAACAUGUCGCGCAUCUCCAGAAAUAUCUUUGCAUUCGCUGUCAUCUUUGCUUCUAGCGUACAAAAAGACGCCGCAGCCUUUUCUCCAACGGUAACAUCGACUCUGUCGUCCAAGCCAUCGAUACCCGCUAAAUCAAGUGCACAGCGUGCUGUCAGCAGCAGCCUCGCCGUAAGCAACUCUAUAAAUCUUUGUGAUGAUAGGGAUUACGUCCAAAUACUGGAAGACAAACUCAUUCACUUUUCCAAAAUUGACGAUGACGAUGUGAGAAGAAAUGAUUUCGAAGCGUUCGUGACGGGCCGGUUACAAGAAGAACUUGCGUUCACGAAUGCCGCCGCGAAGUCCACCGUCGAACGACUGAAGCUUAAAAGCUUGGACUUCGUCAAGGCAAUGGACAAGACUAUUUUGAAACUUGGUCAAUCGGCACAAGAUCAAGGUUGGGAAAGUCACGUCACGUCGGGGUUUCAACCGGUACCGAAGGGUGGAAAUGAUAUCUGGCCAUAUGUGGACAUGCUUAUUCAGUUCAAACUCUUGAUUUCAAACAUGGAACGAAUGUCUCACAAGAAACCAAUUGCUGCUAAAAGCAAUGGAUGCAAAUGCACGGGAUGCCCAGGUCUUAAUUCGUGCAAAGACGGGAAAAAUAAAAAGGAGAUGCCCAAUCUGUAGGAGGUUGUAGCAGCCGUACAACAAUAGAUAGCAUGCAAAUAA